AGGUGGAAGCUACGGGGACGGCCCCGUAGUCUCCGAUAGAGGCGACCUCCACGGUCUAUUGCCCGACCUCAAUGGCGUCGAUCUGGCUAUGAGCCUGAGCCCCAAACACCACCAAGGACCGCAAGUACUCAGCCAUCUGCAGCAGCUCCACCAUCAUUCCACCCCCUUCAGCGUCACCGACAUCUUGAGCCCCAUCGAGGAGUCCUACAGAAAGUUGGAAUUGGCCGCCAAUUCGCCUUCACCCUACAGGUCGACAUCGAGCGGAAGCAGCCACAAUUCGCCAGGAAUCAGCGGAACAGGCAACAGUUGCAAUAUGAACGGCGGUUAUCCGGUGAUGGGCCAAUUCGGGGGCGGGCAAUAUUGUCCUGUCUCCGAGAAUUUGGGCCUCACGCCCCACUAUUCAUCCGGAUGGUAUCAAACUUCUGCAGCUGAUCCCAGAUUUGCAAUUUCCAGAUUGAUGGGCAGCUCAGCGACGGCCGCCAACAUGGGUCACGGCCUCAACAGCGGCAUGCCCGGGCUCGGCGCCUGCGCCGUCCCCGACUCCAAACCCAUGCAGUUCCCUUUGGCGCAGCGCCGGAAGAGGCGGGUGCUCUUCACGCAGGCACAGGUAUACGAAUUGGAAAGGAGAUUCAAACAGCAAAAGUACCUUUCAGCACCAGAAAGGGAACAUCUAGCAUCUUUGAUCCACCUAACACCUACACAAGUGAAAAUUUGGUUCCAAAAUCACAGGUACAAAUGCAAGAGACAAGCCAAAGAAAAGGCGAUGGCCGAACAGAACCAGCAUAACCAGUCGUCGAGUUCCCCGCGUCGCGUCGCCGUACCGGUCCUAGUCAAAGACGGAAAACCGUGCUCGGGCGGCGGCAAUUCCACCGUCGGCGGCGGCCAAACCGCCACGUCGACCGCCUCCUCGGAGGCCUCUCGAGCGCAGCAAUCGCCCGCCUGCCAGCCGGCCCAGCAGCAGGCCCAGUGCAUGGCGAACGGCGGCCUGGCGAUGGCCUACAGACAGCAGGGCAACUACCAGCAGCAGUGCACCAGCUAUUUGCCCUUACAGACUCGGGCUUGGUAG